CACUCAAGAGGACUUCGUUUUGGUCGACGGUCCACCAUCUGCUUCUCAAAACGACGUCGGUGCAAUGCAGAGUCCACCGCGCGCUACUCAAAACGAUGCUGCCGGAAUCCCGACUCCAACUGAUAAGACGUCAAGGGAAGAGGCUUCUGCAAUGGGGGAAUGCAAAGGUGUGGAAUAUGUGGGUGUGGAUGUUGAUGAAGUAGCUCCUCUUGGGGUAGAUAACUUCAAGAAAGUUUCAGUCUUACCACUUGUUUUCCUCAUCUUCUAUGAGGUUUCAGGGGGGCCAUUUGGCACUGAGGACGUUGUGAAAGCUGCUGGCCCUCUUCUAGCCCUACUCGGGUUUUUGAUCUUUCCCUUCAUAUGGAGCAUUCCCGAAGCGUUAAUCACAGCUGAAAUGGGCACCAUGUUCCCUGAAAAUGGUGGGUAUGUGGUUUGGGUGUCGUCUGCUUUGGGGCCUUAUUGGGGGUUUCAGCUAGGCUGGAUGAAAUGGUUUAGUGGUGUUAUUGACAAUGCUCUAUACCCAGUUCUGUUUCUGAAAUAUUUGUGUUCCACUGUCCCUGCUUUAAGUGGCGGCUUACCAAAAAUUGCAGUGGUUUUAGCUUUGAUUGUAGUUCUCACUUACAUGAACUACAGGGGUUUAACCAUUGUGGGUAGGGUUGCUAUUGUGCUGGGUUUGUUUUCAAUCCUUCCAUUUGUAAUUAUGGGACUUCUUUCGAUUCCAAAGUUGAAGCCCUCCAAUUGGUUGGUGGUAGAAAAGGAUGUGAAUUGGAGUUUGUAUUUGAGCACUCUCUUUUGGAACCUGAACUACUGGGACUCAAUCAGUACUAUUGCAGGGGAGGUGGAAAACCCAAAAAAGACUCUUCCAAUGGCACUGUUUUGUGCCCUGAUCUUGGUCGUCCGCAGCUAUUUCUUCCCUCUAUUAAUUGGCACUGGUGCUCUUUCUCUUGAUCGUGAGGCUUGGACUGAUGGGCAUUUCUCAAAUGUUGCCAAAAUGAUAGGGGGAGUCUGGUUGAGUUGGUGGAUUAAUGGGGCUGCUGCAGCGUCGAAUCUGGGGAUGUUUAUAGCUGAAAUGAGCAGUGAUUCCUUCCAACUUUUGGGGAUGGCAGAGCGGGGAAUGCUUCCCAGUGUCUUUGCCAAAAGGUCGCGCUAUGGCACCCCACUCAUUGGAAUUCUAUUGUCAGCCUCUGGAGCGCUUUUGCUUUCAGGGAUGAGCUUUCAAGAUACAAUAGCUGCAGAAAACUUCUUGUAUUGUUUUGGAAUGAUUUUGGAGUUCAUAGCAUUUGUUCGAUUGAGGAUUAAAUACCCAGUUGCUUCUCGCCCAUACAAGAUACCUCUUGGGACAAUUGGAUCUAUUCUUAUGUGUAUUCCUCCAACCAUAUUGAUCUGUAUCACGGUGGCUCUUUCUUCACUCAAAGUUGUGGUAGUGAGUCUUACUGUUAUGAUCAUUGGACUUCUGGUGCAGCCUUGUCUAAAAUGUGCUGAGAGAAGGAAAUGGCUUAAAUUCUCAGUGAGUUCCAAUCUCCCUGACCUUAAUGGUGAAAAUAAUGAGAACGUCAUACCUCUAGUGGAUUAACAUGAAACAACAAUUCCAUUACUACAGCUAAAAGUGCUAAUACAGGAUGGGCAUACCCAAAAAGUAUGAUUUGGAAGAGGGCUCCAUGGACAACUAGCAGGUGUGAUUGUGGCUUUGUAUCUGAUUAGGUUAUUUCUCUUCUUCGAAUGCUUAUAGGUAUGUAGGCAAUACAUAUUUAUCAUCCCUAUUUUUAGAGUCUUGAUAGAUAGGUGUGAUGAUCGAAAACUUAGAAUCAAGCAUGAGUAGAAAGUUGCAUUAGUGUCUCCUUUAGUACUUUUCUAAGAACCUGAAAAAUACUAGAUAGUAGUUGAUUUUAGGAAAUAAUAUGUGGAAUGUAUACAUUACUCAGAUGUAUCAAACCAUUUGCAUUAUGGAACUUCAAUUAUGAACA